CUAUGCUGCGUAGAUUUAUCGCAAAAUUAUGCACUGGAAAGCACAUUUUUGGUCAGUUUUUAAUGAAGUUCAGCAAAAACAUCAUUUUGCAGUGCAUGACAGAAGCUUAUUAGUGCAGUAAAAGGUUAGUUUAGCAAACGUCGUAAGCGAUCAAAUUGGUUUUGCUACUAUUUGAACAAAGAGAAGAGAGAGGAAGAUUUGUUGACGUUGCCAGAGGUAGAUCAUAUUAGUCACGUGACAUUCUGUUGAUCAAAUGACGUGACAAGGCAUUACUGACUGGCUAACUGACUGAUGAACUAAUAAAACUCCGCCCUACCCGUAACUGGUUGGAAAACAAGAUAAAUCCAGAUUCUGAGCCAUGAUUCAGUAAAUGAUAAAGAGUAAUUAUGCAUCGCCUUCACGUUUGGCAGCUAGUGCUUUUGAUGACAUAUGCAGUAAGAACAGAAGCUAUAAGUUGCCCGUUAUUACCACCUUCUAAAACAUGCUCCUGCGUAAUAAAAACACGUGGCCUGGAUCUCAGUUGUGAUAGGGCUGGACUGGAUGAUCUACGUCAAUCUAUAAAAGCAGUGACGGGCACCAAAGAGAAUGUCUGGUAUCUGAAGUUACGCAACUUGAAAUUAAAUAACAUUCCUCGCGAUAUUCUGGGAGACAUGCAUGUGACUCACUUUAUUGUUCAUAAUUCCAGUCUAUCUUCAAUUGACGAUGAAGCUUUCUCGGGAAUAGCGGAGUACCUUGAAACUUUGGAUCUCGCACAGAACAGCUUAGAUCGUGUUCCAACAACAGCAUUGGAAAAUCUUUCCAAUUUAGCAUCAUUGAAUCUUAACUAUAAUAAAAUUGAGAUCUUGCACGCUGAGGCUUUUCGAGGACUAAUUUCCCUCGUAAGGCUAAAUCUAUUCGGCAAUAAAAUAAAAUUUAUUGACAAUUUAGCCUUCGAGGGUACAGGAGGUAAUUUAACGCACAUAAACUUUGGUGACAAUCACCUGUCUUCAGUGCCUUCUAGGCCUCUUAAAAAUUUGACUGUGCUGCAGAAGCUUCAACUGCAUAACAAUAAUAUAACAGCUAUCAUAGCAGACGAGUUUGAAGGGAUGGGAGAAAACAUAGAUGCGUUGGAGCUUUCUGACAACCAACUGAAAGAGCUUCCUGAAAGAGCUUUUAAAAAUUUAAAGACGCUGAACUCUUUGGAUCUGGAAAACAACCACAUUCAUUUCAUUCAUCCUAACGCUUUUGAAGGAAUUGAAGAUUCAUUAGAAUGGCUGAAACUCGGAGGGAACCUACUUGAAGCAAUUCCUCACGAGGCACUUCACCGUCUGGAAAAGUUACGACAGUUAGACAUCAGACAAAAUCGUAUUACAAGACUUAGCGAUGUGGAUUUCGAGCACUAUGGAAGAACCCUAAAGUUUAUAUUCCUGCAAAAAAAUCUAAUACACACAAUCGAAGACAACGCAUUUAUGGAUCUGAUAUCCUUAGAAUGGCUAUACUUACAGUCUAAUCAGCUAACAUCUGCACCGUAUGAAACUUACAGAUCUGUACUCAACACACUUCAGAUACUUGAUCUUCAUGAAAAUCCAUUCCACUGCAACUGCCAAAUUUUAUGGUUUAAAGAUUGGAUGAAGGAUGUAAAAUCUUCAGUUGUUAACAUGCCACGGGAGACCAGAUGUGAAGCCCCUCCACAUCUCAAGGGUAAAGCAAUCGCUUACGUCACAAAUAAAGACCUCGGUUGCUUGGACGGAGAUACAAGUUCCUCAGAUACUGUGUCAAUCAAGACUACUUACAUCUUCUUUUUGCUAAUAAUACUGUGGAGGUGAAAUGAAUAUUUUUGCUUAUUCCUUACCUCCAGGCUGGGACAAAAAAAGGAACUGCAGUCAGAUUUGAAAGUUGAAUUAUGUCUAAAAUAAUUAUUUAAGUUUCUCAUUUUGCACGUUUUAUUUUUAUUUAAAUUCAUUUAUUAUUUACCUGUUAAUUAUACAGUUUUUAUUUUAUACCCAAAAUAAUUAAGAAUUUGCAAUGUCCAUAUAAUUUGAGAAUUACAUUGAGAGGGCAGACGAAUAUGUCAAGAGAUGCCUUAAUUUUUUCCUUAAUGUAUAUGAAUUAACUAUUGUUUAUAAAUGCGCAGCAUUACAAUUAACGGACAGCAGCUUUCGUUUAUUGAAAAAACUAAAAGGAAAAAAAAAAUCUCUUUUCUAAAAUUAUUAGAUAUUUAUUCAAAGGCUUAAAUUUCAUUUUUGCUUGCUGAGUAAUAUACAGCCUGGAUGUUAAAGAAUUUUAAUUCGUUCUUUAAAAAUAACCUUCACAGUGAACUUCAGCUGUUGUUUUAUAUGUACGUGUUCACGUUUCGUAUGUAAGACGUUUUUUCGUAUGCUUCUUGUCUUCUGCAUAAAAUUAUCUUUAUGCACUAAGUAUGCACUAUAAUGUAUACAAUCAAUGAUUUUUACUGAAGAAAGGAGCGAUGUUGCAACUUUUAUAUUUUAUCUGUGAUUUUGAUUUGCUAUAAAAAAACUUGGUAGCAUGUUAAAUGCAAAUAUUUUGAGAUCAGGAAAAAAUAACAAGCGACUCAUUUUUUAUUUCUGAAAAAUAUUCAAAUGCAACAUAUAUAGAAGUAUGUAAUUCACUCUCUUAAGAUAAUGAAGAACUGUUAAACGUGAACUAAUAUAUUUAAAUGUAGCAAAAUAUGAACUAUACCAUACACCUACUUUUAAAUGAACUGAUUUAACUGUUUGAAGGCACAAACGCCCAGAUGGCCUUUCAUUCAAGCUACCGCAACCACCCGAAACGGCCGAGAUGGCAAUGUUGUUUUCUUCCUAACCCUAAGGUAUGCAAUAACAGGUUGAGUUUCCCCAAAUGCAUUGUAUCAGUUUAUUGCAGACUACUUGUCCAAAAAGGCUAAUGGAAGCUUAUUUGUUAGGAAGUAGAAAGGAUGCCAUUUGUACUGCUCACAGCGCUUUUUAUGCGUUAAAUGACGGGUUGGAAGAAAACGUACUCAACGAGUAAAGUACGGGAACGGGUGCUUCGAUAUUCUAAGCAUAGACGUUAGAUAAGGAUUCGGUUUUCUAAGGGUUAAGAUUAAUUACAAGUUGUUUCCGAUGGAAAAAUAUUUUAUAUUUAUAUCUGCAUAUUGAAAUUGUGAACUGCAUUUUGUUAGCAGCAAAAAGAAUUAAAUGAGAGUUUCAGAAAAAGAUUUUACUAUAAAUUUGCUUUUUUUCUUAGCAGAUGGUGACAAUGCUUUUUUUUCUCAAAUUGUACAGCUCAUUAUUACAUAUAUAUAUAUAUAAGCAGUCAGUUCGUCUGAGAUAUUUUGCUAAUCUUUUUUUUUUCCUAAAGAAAGUUAUGAUAGUAAAACCUAGUUAUUGUGUACUAACGUAUUUGAUGAUUUGAAUUUGAUAAUUAGUUUUAAAUCCGUCAUGAGAGUUAAAUAUUAUAAUAGUUAUAUAAAUUUUAACAAAAUUGUUAAUCUCAAAAUAUAUUUUUGAACUACGUUCUAGCAUUUGAAUAAUUGAAUUAAGAAGUGUGUAGAUAUUCUUAAAUAUUCUUACUCAAAUUAGUAAGAUGUAGAAAAUCCCACAAACGUGUACAUUGCACCCAACUGAGUGUUAUUUACUUUAUGUGUGCAAUUAAAUAAAAUAAAAGCCCAGUUUUUUUGUUUCUAAAGUAAUAUAAAAUUAAUAAUCUUAAUAAAUGUUAUAUUGUCCAAAUUAUUAUAGAUUUAUAUAAAACCUUCUCUAAAGUAUUUAGUGCUAUGGUUAAGAGUGAUAUCUUAGAGAUUAACUACACAUUGAUGGUAUAUCCAAACAAAAGACGUGCUGCAAAAGUCGUCUUGUUUUUUCAUGGGUAGACUUUACUGAAAAUAUUGAGUAGCGAAUUCUCGCUAUGUCUUUGAAGAACAGAUACUGUAGAAGAAGGUUCAAAUAACCUUUUUAUUUGAACUGAAGUAAAGAAAGAAUGCACUCCUCAAUGCUCACAAUUUACUACCAUUGGUGGCUAAGUAACUCGAAGAGAAAAUGGAAAUGCAAAAUCAGAAUAAGUCAGAUGGACUGCGCGACUGGCUCCUUAUUUAAUCUAAACGGCUAAAUCGGCUGCGCACAGGAAACCGAACCUAAGUAUCAGUAUGAUCUAAAGAGAUUGGCUAAACACCAACUAUUCACUUACAAAGCUCUUUCAAACACGCGGCACUAACUGUCCUACUACUAUUUUUAACUAGUUAACUGUGAUUGACGAGUAUACUCGUCAUGGAGAAGAUAUUGUGUAUUGAUGAGCAUACUCGUCACGCGUAUAAUGAAUUGGAAAGAUAAGAGGAAAAUGUAUUUAGUAAGUACUGUACAUAAUGACAACGUAAUAGAAAAAGAGAGAAGAAAAAUAAUAACGAAGAAACCGAGCUAGGGAUUGAUUAUAAUAAUCAAAUGGGUGGAGUAGAUAUGAGCGAUGGAAUUAUCAUAGCGUACUCCACAGCAAGAAAACGACUCAAAAAGUACUACAAAAAUACAUUUCUCCAUUUCUUAGACAUUAUGUGUCUGAAUGCAUUCAUAUUAUAUAAUAGAA